AUGUCUUACACUACCCCAAUUGAUGACUACUGUGAUGCAUGGCAGGCGGACUAUACCAUCAUCCCCAACACCCAACCCAACACAUCACGAAAACAGUUUUACACCAAAGUUCAGGUUGAAUUUACCUAUCCAGUACUUGCCCAUGAAGAAGAUGAAGAAUACGAAGAAGAUUCUCUGCUACUCAACAAUGGCGUAGAGGGUAUCAAUCACGUUAUGGAGUUUUGGAUACCAGAGAACGAACUUGUCUCUAACUCUUCUCAGUCCACCAUAUCCUCCAUGCUUUCUCAGGUGGGAGUCCCAUUAGAGAGACAACCAUUCAUGAUUCAUCGUAUCUCUGAUUGUGCUCAAAAGAUGGCUUCUGCGGUACAUAACUUGGGUCGCAAGGUACUGCCUAUGAUGGUUGAUAUUAGUGUGGUGGUAGAUAAUGGGCAGUAUGAGGAAGAUGAUGCAGAAAUUAGGGUUUUAAGGCAAUCCAUGGAAGGUGUAGAAUGA